CUUCUGUGCUCAUUACAUAUCAUCUGUCCUGAGGAUUUUCGUCGAUCGUCGCGUUCUCUGAGCAACGCAUUAUAUAUCUCGUCGUCAGUGUUUGAGAAGAAAUUCCAUUCUUUUCAAAUUACAGUGUAUUUUUAAUCGGCGAAUCAUUCAAUACGUGAUCGGCGCUACGAGAAGUCGCACGAGAAACCGGCUAACAAGAAGUUCUUCCUGUCAUCUCACUGACAGACUGUAGACGCAUCACAGCCGAAGGCUGUAAGAAUGGCAGGUUCGCCAGUAUUGGAAGAAACCGGACCGGAAACCAGCAACGACCAGCAACCCUUUUUCGGUCUUGUGGACAUCUUAUUGCUCACCGGUCUCUGUGUGGCGGCGAUAUGGUACAUACUGAGGAGAAAUAAGCAAGAGUCUACGCCAACGACAAAAUCUUAUUCCAUUCAACCAACGUCAUUUGUUGCUGUACCGCCAUCAGAAAAUUCAUUCAUCAAGAAAUUAAAAACUUCCGGACGAAGCUUAAUAGUGUUUUACGGUAGCCAGACGGGCACCGCUGAAGAAUUCGCGGGUCGUCUUGCUAAAGAAGGCAUCAGAUAUAAAAUGAAGGGAAUGGUGGCCGAUCCUGAGGAGUGCGAUAUGGAAGAGCUGGUACAUCUGAAAACUAUUCCAAAUAGUUUAGCAGUGUUUUGUUUGGCUACAUACGGAGAAGGUGAUCCAACUGACAACGCUAUGGAAUUUGUCGAUUGGCUCAAAAGUGGUGACGGUGAUCUUACAGGAUUAAAUUACGCGGUAUUUGGACUUGGUAAUAAAACUUACGAGCAUUAUAACGAGGUUGCCAUAUACGUGGAUCACAAAUUAGAACAAUUGGGUGCUACGCGCGUCGUUGAAUUGGGUCUUGGAGAUGAUGAUGCUAACAUAGAAGAUGAUUUUAUUACGUGGAAAGACAAGUUUUGGCCGGCUGUCUGCGAAUUCUUUGGUAUCGAAGAUGCCGGCGAGGAUGUUAGUAUUCGACAAUACAAGCUCACGGAGCACGUAGAUCUACCUGCCGAUCGUAUUUACACCGGAGAGAUUGCUCGUCUUCAUUCCUUCCAAAAUCAGAGAGUACCGUACGAUGCGAAGAAUCCGUUCCUAGCACCAGUGAAGAUAAAUCGCGAGCUACAUGGUCCGACAUCCGAAAGAUCAUGCAUGCAUAUUGAAUUCGAUAUCGAAGAUUCUAAGAUGCGUUAUGAGGCGGGCGAUCAUUUAGCAGUCUAUCCAGUGAACAAUGCGGAACUAGUGAAUAAAAUUGGCGAACAAUGCUGUGCGAGCUUGGAUACCGUAUUUACUCUUACAAAUACAGAUGAGGAAUCCACAAAGAAGCAUCCAUUCCCUUGUCCUUGUAGCUAUAGAACUGCUUUGACGCAUUACUUAGACAUUACAAGCAAUCCGCGGACACACGUUCUCAAAGAGUUGGCUGAGUAUGCAACUGAUCCCGCGGAUAAGGAAAAACUAAAGCUGAUGGCAUCAACCACUGUAGAAGGCAAGGCAGCUUAUCAACAGUGGAUAGUUCAACAGAAUCGCAAUAUUGUGCAUAUUUUGGAAGAUAUACCCAGCUUGAAGCCACCGCUGGAUCACCUGUGCGAAAUUUUACCGCGAUUACAAUGUCGAUAUUACUCGAUAUCUUCAUCUCCGAAGCUUUAUCCGACUUCGAUUCAUAUCACAGCAGUAGUGGUGGAAUAUAAAACUCCAACUGGUAGGAUCAACAAAGGUGUGACGACCACUUGGUUGAAGGAGAAACAUCCUUCCGAUCCACCUUCUGUCGUUCCAAUCUUCGUAAGGAAGUCUCAAUUCCGUUUACCAACGCGCUUAAGUAUCCCCAUUAUCAUGAUUGGUCCGGGAACUGGUCUAGCGCCUUUCAGAGGCUUCAUACAGGAACGUGAUCUUGCUAAAAAACAAGACAAAGAGGUGGGCGAGACAAUACUGUACUUUGGAUGCAGAAAAAGCCAAGAAGAUUAUCUUUAUCGUGAGGAAUUGGAGCAGUAUGUGAAAGAUGGUACUUUAAUAUUGCACACCGCGUUCAGCCGUGAGCAAGAGCACAAAGUCUAUGUCACUCAUUUGCUCGAGAAGAACAGGGAAGAACUUUGGCGCGUUAUCGGUGAACAAAACGGACAUAUUUAUGUUUGCGGGGAUGCUAGAAACAUGGCUCGUGAUGUGCACAAUAUAUUGCUCAAGGUUGUUAUGGAUCGGGGCAACAUGUCUGAGCUCGAUGCUGCAAAUUACAUAAAGAAAAUGGAAUCGCAAAAGCGAUAUUCGAGUGAUGUCUGGAGUUGAGCCAUAUUGAUUAUAGGAUAGAAUAAAAAGAAGCUUUUUUCACAUACAAAGACUUUCAGAUACAUUCACUAAGAUUGGACUCGUUAAAGUAUGUAGGGAUUAUCGUGAAUAGUGAUAUGAUUCAUUAAAUAGCUACCAUUCGAUUUAUUUUCGUUUGCCAAUCUUCAUCUCGCAAUUUUUUUACUUCAUGUUCUACCGAAUAGAAUAAUUGUAGUUGAAUUAUAUUUUAGACUCCCUAAAUUGGCACAGUCUUUCUUAAAAUUUAUAUAGAAUU